AUGUUUGGUGACUUCUCCUUAUCCGGCAAAAUUGUUGUCAUCACCGGUGGGGCAUCCGGGAUUGGAUUGGCAUUUUGCAAGCUUGCAUUGUCGUCGAACGCAAAGGUUCUCAUUGCCGAUCUAAAGCUCAAUCCAGAGUCCGAAACUCUGGUACAAGAAAACAACAACGUCUCUUUCCAAAAAUGCGACGUGCGUAACUGGAAGGAGCUUGAGGCUUUGCCUUCAUGCUCACAUCGCGAGUUCGGAGAUAUCCCUGAUGUAUACGUAGCGAACGCUGGCGUGGGGGAAUCCAAGUUCUCAAGUUUCUGGAAUGAUGCCGAGGACGACAAAUAUGCUGCUCUAGAAGUCAACCUCAGCCACCCUAUAAAGCUAACUCGUAUCGCGAUUCGGGCGUUAACGGGCCAGGGCAAAAAGGGGGUUGUUCUGAUAACAUCCUCUAUUGCUGGGCUGCACGGCCAUUUCUCAACUCCCUUGUAUAGUGCAAGUAAGCAUGGCACGAUCGGGUUGAUCAAGAGCUUAGCUCUUGCUGAGAGGGAGGCUAAUGUUAAGGUUGUUGGAGUGUGCCCAGGGUGA